AUGGCCUCCGCCCCGCUCCUCCUUCCCGGCCAGCCGCUGCCUUCCUCCUUCACCGCGCCGCCGCAACCGAAGGCCGGUGCAGGCUGCUACGAGUACAACGGGACUAUCCUUUCUUCCAUUGUCGGAAGACCUCGCCGAGACGGAGCCACUAACGCCCAGGUUAUCGGCCAGGUCUCUCGCCUCUCCCCGCAGCAGGCGCACAUUGUUAUCCAGGUGGUUAACAACCACCCCGUGCCCGAGAGCUCUGAGGAGCUGACGGGCGUCAUCAAGAUGGGCGAGUGCUUCCGCCUCGGUGACAUUGUCAAGGCGAAAGUGCUCUCGCUCGGAGACGCGAGGAGUUACUACCUCUCCACAGCGGCCAACGAGCUCGGCCUGACCCGAGGCGCCCCCCUUCUCCCGAUCUCUUACCAGGAGAUGGAGAACCCGCAGACGGGCGAGACCGAGAGACGCAAGGUCGCUAAGCCUGAGGAUAUCUAG